GAGGCAAGUGUGCUUUUGUACAGACUGGAGCUCAGAGCAGGAGCGAACAACUGCUGCAACCUCAUGCCUGUUUUUUUGUUGUUGUUUUUUUUUUUCUUUCUCUGAAAGAUUUUUGGACUGAAUCCGAUUUUGCUUUUGUCUUGUUUUUUUUUUUUUUUGUUUUUUUUUUGUUUAAUUUAACUUUGUGUACACUGAAUAUGCUUUGUGAAAACCGGCUGCUGCUGCUACUCCAGCCCUUUAAAGGCUCUGUGCUUUGAUUCAGCUGAUUUUAAAUGUGAAUGCAAAGAUUUUUUUUUUCUUUUUUUAAUCAUCCUGACAGUAUUAUUGUAUUGCUCCAGCGCCUCCGGUUCUCCUCUGGGGCCUUAUUCAUUAGUAAGCACAAUCAUCAGGUUACACGCGGCAGCAGGGCUACGUGACUGCACUCAUUCUCAAAACCGGGAACGGACGACUUGGAAAUUCCGUGUCAGCAUUUUUUCUUCUUUUUUUUUUUUCUUUUUGGUUUCUCUCCUGAGAAGUUUGGAACUUCUUCUUGGAUUGUGUUUUAUUAUUGUGCGCAUCGCUCAGGAGUCAUCAUCCCCCCUCCCCCCCGUUCGUCUCCACUCGCAGACAUCGCGAAAUGAAACUCGGUUUCGUCCUCCAGACCGCGGUGGCACUUCAUCUGCUGCUCUCACCUGCACAGUGGUUAAUUACCUGGCAGUGAAUGAUUCCCUCCCUUAACCACAAGACUACAUGGCACCCCGCUACUCCUCAGAUUCAUCUUGCAAAACCUCUCGGGGAGUUGGGAACCAUCAGUGUGAGAGUCUACCCUUGUUAGAGAUAAACAAUACAACUGAAGUGUUGAUGUUCCAAGAGGUGUGGGGUCGCAGCUACUGCCGGACCAUCGAGAAGCUGGUGGAGGUGGUGCAGGAGUACCCGACAGAGGUGGAGCACAUCUACAGCCCCGCCUGUGUGCCACUGGUGAGGUGUGCAGGUUGCUGUGGCGACGAAAACCUCGAGUGUCAUCCCACCCAAACCACAAACGUCACCAUGCAGCUGUUGAAAAUCAGGCCAUCAGAGCCGGAUAAAGAAUAUGUUGAGAUGACGUUUGUGGAGCACCAGACAUGUGAAUGUAGAAUGAGGAAACCUAUUGUGAAGGUCGAAAGGAGACGGCAAAGAGAAAGAGGAAGAGGAAGGAAGAGGAAGGAGAGACAAAAAACGAAAGACUGCGACAGGUGCCAGAUCCCUCGCAGGUAACUGCAGUGGCGACCUGACCCCCUGUUGCAGUGUGGCUUGCUAUUUAUUUCCAACCCAGCGUCAGCAUCAAGAGUCUCCUACCAAUACUGUGCCUGCAGGCAGAGGCUCGAACAGCUGGGAUGUUUUUCGCUGACACGCCCCUCCUGCUGAUGGGCCCCAGCGCUUGUGAUGACGAGCUUCAACAGGAAGUGCGUUUUGAUCGGUGGAAACACUGCUGUUACACACCUGACACGAUGGACGUGCCUGGGAGCCAGUGCAAUGUAGAACCGACCAGACCAAUGCCUUCUCUUUUCUCCUAGUUAGUACUGUGUCACUUAAUGUAAUUUGGUCAUUUCUUUGGUAUUUAAAGGUGUUUUAAAGUCUAUAUUUAUUGAUACAGCUUGAAUAUAUUUGGACCAGCGACCUUUAAAAAGUUUGCCAUUAUUUGUUCUGACAUUUUUCAAAAAAAAGCCUCGACCUAGUCAUAGCAGCAUAUGUUGGACUGAGUGUGCAGCUGCUUUUUACAUGCAAUAAUGUAAUGUCUCCCUCUAGUGUCUGUGGAAACAGUGAUCAAAACUGCUCUACUGGAAAGUCCCAUCACUUCAUCAGCUUAUUAAAAUGCUCUAUCAAUCACUUAUGAAAGAAUAGACUUGAGUUUUAAGUGUUUUACUGUCAAUCAAUUCCUGAAUAAGAAAAAUAUUUAUAAGAAAAGUUUUGUUUCUACAGAUGAGUGUGUACGAAUAAAUAACCGAUCAAAUUGAGAAAAAGCUAAAUUGUUUUUUAUUGUUUUGGCAGGUUGGAUACAAUGUUAGUUAUGUAUGUUUUAUAAGUGAAGUCUGAGUCAUGGCUGAAUAAACGAAGCAGGUUAAAAAAAAACGUGGAUGUGGAGUGGCUACAGCUCUGGAUAACCAGGCCUGCUGCAAGAGACCGUGUUCUAACAAUACAGACAUCAGUACAUUUCAAAAAGCACAGCAGGAGGUGCAUAGUAGGCUGCAGAGCCAACGUGACAAGCCCAGUAGGAGCGGGCAGAUCAAUACUACAGUUAUCAGUACCCUCAAGCAAUACACAUUACAUAUUGAUGCCUAUUAAAGAGCAUCAGUUAUAGUUACUGUUUUCUUAUCUUACUGUGACUGAGGGUUCUCGCAGUUUUAAAAGCAUUUCUCUGCUUUUUGCUGUUAAACAGUGCAUACUUGUGUCCACCUCGAUGACACAAGACCACCAUAAGCCCCACACCACGGGUGUCUUCCUUUGUCUGUUUUUGGAAACACUGCAUUAAGGAAGGGAUCAAUUGAAGUAGAUUAUGUAAAAGGAUGUUUUCUUGUAAUUUUUUGUUUUGUUUUGUUUUCAUGUACUACACGAAGAAAAUCUAUGAAAAUGUUAGUAUUUUUGUUUCAGUUGAAUAUUUAUUUUUUAAUUAAAUUGUUAUGGUUGUCA